ACACGCCUCUUUCUUUCGCCCCCCCUCUCUCUCUCGAGUGCUCUCUUCCCAUUUCUUCCCCGUCGUUAUAUGUGAACAAGAGUUUUAAAGAUACAUACGCAGUUGACUCUGCGACUACUACGCAGGCUUGGUUGCUUGGUUCCUUGGUUUCCCCCCCACCCCACCACGUUCCCUACCACCCCCUCCCCACGGGCUUGGCAAGCGCACGCCGGGCGUGAGCGCUUGUGCCAGGCAUGCAGGCAAUCAAGUGUGUGGUGGUCGGGGAUGGUGCGGUGGGAAAGACGUGCAUGCUGAUCAGCUUCAGCAACAACACCUUCCCCGGGGAGUACAUUCCGACAGUGUUCGACAACUAUGCCGUCAAUCUUAUGGUUGAUGGAAAAUACGUGAACCUGGGGCUCUGGGACACUGCAGGGCAGGAAGACUACGAUCGGCUGAGGCCGCUCUCUUACCCACAGACGGACAUUUUUCUCAUUUGCUUCUCGGUCGUGAGCCCAUCUUCCUUUGACAACGUACGCGUAAAGUGGUUCAAGGAAGUGCGGCACCACUGCCCAGAGACCCCUAUCAUCCUGGUGGGUACCAAGCAGGACCAGCGUGAAGACAAGGACAUUCUCAAGCACCUCGAGGAGAAAAGCAUGCAGCCUGUGACCAAUGCUCAGGGACUGAGUCUGGCCAAGGAGAUAGGUGAGCUAUGUCAAGUUCUUGGAGUGCUCAGCCCUGACACAGCGUGGCCUCAAGAAUGUGUUUGAUGAAACAGUUCGGGCUGUCAUCUCUCCAGAACCAAAGAUAGAGAGGAAGAAAAAGAUGUGUGCUCUUUUAUAACACCCAGGCUUGCGUACAAUGGACAUCUCUUGCACUCUGCCAAGCAAGACCCCACAACCAAUGUGGGAUCCUAACCCCGAAAAUGCAUUUUGUCAACAGUGUCAACAAUGUAUCAUAUUUAAUUUCCUACAAAAUAACAAGUUAAAUGCAGUUAAUGCUUGUAAAAAUGCACACAGAGUACACGACAAUAACUGUAUAUGUAUAAGCCUCUGUCUUCAUUCUAUUUUGGAAAUGUGGGAUUUUUAAUCAUUACUGUAUAGCCAUGUAUUUACGAGCAGUCGUGCAAGUGACAUGCUCAUCCGCUUGCUGUUUACAAUUUCUGUGGCUUGGCCCAUUCUAAGCUACUGCACUUGGGCAAACUAAAUUGGGAACAAUUCAGUAUUUUCCACAUUUAUACAGCAUUGCGCCCUUGUUGAAUGUAUUCUGCACUUGCAUAAAAUGUCUAUUUUGUAUUCAGAUCUGUUUAUUUUAAAAAAAUUAUUUGGUUAAAAAUAGUGAUGUGCUUAUUUUGAACACUACAGGGAUUACUCAAAUACGUUACUUGCAUUUAUCUUAGAAUGUUCCAUCCUAUUUACUCUCACACUGUUGUCUUGGUUGAGCUUUUAUUAUUAUUUUUGUAAUGCUUGCAUGCACCGUUUUUUUAAUAUAUAAAAUAUCAACAAUAACCUUGCAAAUAAACUCAAUGGGACGGACUGCAUUCAGGGCUUUUGCCCGUGGUUGUGCCACGCAUUACAUCGGGCACGAGGUGGCUGGAUGGUUCAGGGAGCCCGUCAUUGUAUCGAUAUUCCACGUGCGUUUCGUUUGAUGGUUUAACAGAAUGUCUCAAUUUUAUUUUAUUUCCCAUUUACUGGAUCCACGUGGAUCUAUUGGAAAAUAUAGAAAUACACCAUGUAUGAAUGCUUAUUUUGGUUGUGGUGAGAUGUUUUUUAAGAGGACACUAUUUGCCCAUCUGAACAAUAUUGCAAACUGUCUUAAUGAAUAGACAGCACAUACAGUAUCCAAACGAAAGACAACAUAUACAUUAUUAAGGUGGCCACCCGUGCCGAUUAGCAGUCGGUUACGUACGGCGCGAAAGAAGUUCAACAUACAUACAAAUGAACCUUAUGGCGGGACCCCGGGGUCCCGAAUAAACGGAAGUCAAAAUCGCAAUUAAUUCGUUUAUUUUUAGCGACUCCGUCCUACCGCGCACAUAAACGCGGCGACCCACGUGGCACGGAUCAUUCUGUUGUGAUGUCGUGUCCAAGCACAACAGCGAGGAUGAAUGCGCACAAGAGCUGAACAAGCGAAUGCUGCACUCCAUGCUCGGGUAUGGGCAGGAUUAUGAGUCUUAUCCAAAGCCGCUCAAACUGCCUACACGACUUGUGUUGCCUCCGAAACGUCGUGAUUUAAUGUAUUUGUUUUCUUUUAACCUACGUGACUUUAUUUGUCAUAACGGUAUGCAUAAUAAAGUGAAACUGCUCUCUUCAUUAUUAUUUGUGACCUACCAAUGUCUGCAGCCAGGAUCA